CCCCGCGGCGGCCGGCUCCGCUCGUUGGCGUUGCCUGGGGUCCUUUUCCUCCCGGUCCCCGCCUGCUUGCCCCCGCUGCGCCGUGCCCAGCCGGGCCAGGCCUGGAGCCGACACCACCGCCAUCAUGCCGGCCGUAUCCAAGGGCGAUGGGAUGCGGGGGCUCGCGGUGUUCAUCUCCGACAUCCGGAACUGUAAGAGCAAGGAGGCGGAGAUUAAGAGAAUCAACAAGGAACUGGCCAAUAUCCGCUCCAAGUUCAAAGGGGACAAAGCUUUGGAUGGCUACAGUAAGAAAAAGUAUGUCUGUAAACUGCUCUUCAUCUUCCUGCUUGGCCAUGACAUUGACUUCGGGCAUAUGGAAGCCGUGAACCUGCUUAGCUCCAACAAGUACACGGAGAAGCAGAUAGGUUACCUGUUCAUCUCGGUGCUGGUGAACUCGAACUCUGAGCUGAUCCGGCUCAUCAACAACGCCAUCAAGAAUGACCUGGCCAGCCGCAACCCCACCUUCAUGUGUCUGGCCCUGCACUGCAUCGCCAACGUGGGCAGCCGCGAGAUGGGCGAGGCCUUCGCCGCUGACAUCCCUCGCAUCCUGGUGGCCGGGGACAGCAUGGACAGCGUGAAGCAGAGUGCGGCCCUGUGCCUGCUGCGGCUCUACAAGGCCUCGCCCGACCUGGUGCCCAUGGGCGAGUGGACGGCCCGCGUCGUGCACCUGCUCAAUGACCAGCACAUGGGCGUGGUCACCGCUGCUGUCAGCCUCAUCACCUGUCUCUGCAAGAAGAACCCGGAUGACUUCAAGACCUGCAUCUCCCUGGCUGUGUCUCGCCUGAGCAGGAUCGUCUCCUCGGCCUCCACCGACCUCCAGGACUACACCUACUACUUCGUCCCCGCGCCCUGGCUCUCGGUGAAGCUUCUGCGGCUGCUGCAGUGCUACCCCCCGCCAGAGGACGCGGCGGUGAAGGGCAGGCUGGUCGAGUGUCUGGAGACGGUGCUCAACAAGGCCCAGGAGCCGCCCAAGUCCAAGAAGGUCCAGCACUCCAAUGCCAAGAACGCCGUCCUCUUCGAGACCAUCAGCCUCAUCAUCCACUACGACAGUGAGCCCAACCUCCUGGUGCGGGCUUGCAACCAGCUGGGCCAGUUCCUGCAGCACCGUGAGACCAACCUGCGCUACCUGGCCCUGGAGAGCAUGUGCACGCUGGCCAGCUCCGAGUUCUCCCACGAGGCGGUCAAGACCCACAUUGACACCGUCAUCAACGCCCUCAAGACGGAGCGGGACGUCAGCGUGCGGCAGCGGGCGGCCGACCUCCUCUACGCCAUGUGCGACCGGAGCAACGCCAAGCAGAUCGUGUCGGAGAUGUUGCGGUACCUGGAGACUGCCGACUAUGCCAUCCGAGAAGAGAUCGUCCUGAAGGUGGCCAUUCUGGCUGAGAAGUACGCAGUGGACUACAGCUGGUACGUGGACACCAUCCUCAAUCUCAUCCGCAUCGCAGGCGACUAUGUGAGCGAGGAGGUGUGGUACCGCGUGCUGCAGAUCGUCACCAACCGUGAUGACGUCCAGGGCUACGCCGCCAAGACUGUGUUUGAGGCGCUCCAGGCCCCAGCCUGUCACGAGAACAUGGUGAAGGUCGGCGGCUACAUCCUCGGGGAGUUUGGAAACCUGAUUGCCGGGGACCCCCGCUCCAGCCCCCCAGUGCAGUUCUCCCUGCUGCACUCCAAGUUCCACCUGUGCAGCGUGGCGACGCGGGCCCUGCUGCUGUCCACCUACAUCAAGUUCAUCAACCUCUUCCCGGAGACCAAGGCCACCAUCCAGGGCGUGCUGCGGGCCGGCUCCCAGCUGCGCAACGCGGACGUGGAGCUGCAGCAGCGCGCGGUCGAGUACCUCACCCUCAGCUCGGUGGCCAGCACGGACGUCCUGGCCACGGUGCUGGAGGAGAUGCCGCCCUUCCCCGAGCGCGAGUCGUCCAUCCUGGCCAAGCUGAAGCGCAAGAAGGGGCCGGGAGCCGCCAGCGCCCUGGACGAUGGCCGGAGGGACGCCAGCAGCAACGACAUCAAUGGGGGUGUGGAGCCCACCCCCAGCACAGUGUCCACACCCUCACCCUCCGCCGACCUCCUGGGGCUGCGGGCAGCCCCUCCCCCAGUACCGUCUGCCUCGGGCUCUGGGCUCCCCGUCUUCUCAGAGCCCGGACAAGCACCCUCUCAUCCUGGGCGCCCCCCUCCCUGCUCCCCCAGGUUCGUGUGUAAGAACAACGGGGUCCUGUUUGAGAACCAGCUGCUGCAGAUUGGAGUCAAGUCAGAGUUCCGGCAGAACUUGGGCCGCAUGUAUCUCUUCUACGGCAACAAGACCUCCGUGCAGUUCCAGAGCUUCACGCCCACUGUGGUCCACCCGGGGGACCUCCAGACUCAUAUCCUCUCGGCCUGGCCCCGCCCCCCCGGCUCCGGGUCUGCCUUCCUGGGACCAGACGGACCGGGUGGAGACCGUCUUCAGCCUCUUGAACCUUUCCGGCCCAGCCCCCAGCAGGAGGCGCAGAAAAUCUUCAAAGCCACCCACCCCAUGGACGCUGAAGUCACGAAGGCCAAGCUCCUGGGGUUUGGCUCCGCUCUCCUGGACAACGUGGACCCCAACCCCGAGAACUUCGUGGGGGCCGGGAUCAUCCAGACGAAAGCCCUGCAGGUGGGCUGUCUGCUCCGGCUGGAGCCCAACGCCCAGGCUCAGAUGUACCGGCUGACCCUGCGCACCAGCAAGGAGCCUGUCUCCCGUCACCUGUGUGAGCUGCUGGCCCAGCAGUUCUGAGCCCCGACCCUGCCCCCGGAAGUGUGGCCGGCGCCAGGAAGCCCCUGGGACUGAGGGAGCUUUGGUGGACGGAGCAGUGAGGGGACCUCCGCUGGUGACAGGGAAGACCCCAGGGUAGGGGGGUGCCUGGGACUUUCCUCCGGCCUUUUGUAUUUUUAUUUUUGUUCAUCUGCUGCUGUUUACAUUCUGGGGGGUUGGGGGAGCCCCCUCCCUCCAUUCCCCCCCCAAGCACAGAGGGGAGAGGGGCCAGGGAAGCAGGCGCCUCCUCCCCUCCCCCCCACCCUGUUGUGGCCCCUCCUGCCCCGUCCCCGUCCAGGGGCUGUGUAUUAUUGUGACCCAAUAAACAGAGACGCUAA